UGCCUUUUUCGAAGUCCGAAUUUACUACAUCUAACCUCUACCAACAACCAAGAUGUCGUCGGUCAAUCCUGUUAAUCCAAAGCCCUUCAUGCAGGAGCUUACUGGGAAGCCGGUAUUUGUUAAGCUAAAAUGGGGGCUCGAAUACAAAGGGUUCCUUGUCAGUACGGAUGGGUACAUGAACCUACAGCUGGCUAACACGGAGGAGUUCCAAGACGGGAAAUCGAAUGGUGCUCUGGGCGAAGUCUUCAUCAGGUGUAACAACGUGCUAUAUAUCAGGGAAGCUCCUCCAGAAUGAUCAUGCUGUGAUCACUCAAAACAUCUUGUCCAACGGCUCGAAGCCAUCUGGACACUUGCUCUUGUUGUAUCAUAGGACUUUCGAGUUUAUCCAAUCGAAAUAGGUCUGUAUACUACUCUACUUGCAUGAUCUAUUGGGAUGUAGAGGCAUUAAAGACCUGGAUAAUCAUCCGUCCUUGAACCUGCGUUCGCAGUGGAACUUCGGAAGGCGUCCAAACUUGAGACAAUAUUCCACCGUAAUAUGACGCUCACAUCUAUUUACUAAUGACUCGCAGUGCUGUGGAUCCGUACUCAAUUCAGUCAUGCCCGGCGGAUUGAGGUACUACGUGCGCACAAAAGACGGCGCGAGUUAGCGAACAACUUAUUUCCAGACUGUCAAUUAUUUUCUUUGAGUCUACCCACAACGAAAGGUGCAAUGCAUGAUCACCAUCUAUC